AGAAAAAGAGAAUUUUGGAAGUUAUAGAAAUAAAACAGUAGAGCACCAGAAAGUAGGAGAAUCAAUCCGGAAGUGAAAGCUUCCAAGAAAAGAGGAAAUAUGAGUGGAUUAGUUACAGCAUCCUCAUCUUCCUCACUACUUUAUUCUCCUCCUACUCAAUCUAAACCUCCUCGGCUCCUACGUUGGAAUUCCUCUGCUCUUCUUUUUCCAACUACCCAUCCUUUCUCUAAGCUCACCACCUCGGCAAAAGCACACUCUUUCACUUGUAAUUGCAGCUCAACUCCUGGUGGCCCUGCUCCUGGUGAAAAUGAGAGUAAGAAUAUCCUUGAUGCAUUCUUCUUAGGAAAAGCUCUGGCGGAAGCAGUUACUGAGCGCAUAGAGUCUAUAGUUGGGGAGUUCUUAAGUACAGUUGGCAGAUUGCAAGCAGAGCAACAAAAGCAAGUUCAAGACUUUCAGGAGGAGGUUCUUGAAAGAGCAAAACAAGCCAAAGAGAAAGCAGCACGUGAAACUAUGGAUACACAGGGACUUAUUCCCAACUCGUUUGCGGCAGAUACAUCGACAGCUGGUACUGGUGUUACUUCGGCAACUAGUCCACAAACAAGCAUAAAUUCCCAACCUGCUAAGAUUGAUUCAGAAGGUGGAAGCAAGGACUCUAAGCUAGGGCUGUCAAACGGAGACUGAUGUUUCUGUUAUUCGUUUAUGUUUAUCCUCGUGAUGUAAUCUUGUUAUACCUAGACCCUAGUUUAGAUUAUAUAUUCAAUGAAACAAUAUGAUACUUGUAGAAGAGCAAAGAAAAUUUUCUUGAGAGACUGUUAUUUCACCAUUAAUAUUAUACCUUUUCUCAUCGGAUUUUUAACAAGGCUU